UUUUCUUCUGGUUCUUUUCAUGGGGAAGAAACUGCACUUGGAUUGGACUUCAAAGUCCAUUUCCAGUUCUGGCAGUGAUAGGGUCCCUCUUUUGUACAAGGAGAAAAGUAAGCAGGCCAAUGACCACCAGUCACCUAAUGGUCCUGUGUCAGACCUUGAGCAAGGCGAUGCAGCAGAGGUGGCCAAUGUCGGAUUUUGCAGAGUAUUUUCACUGGCAAGGCCAGAUGCUGGGAAGAUAAUUGUUGGCACCAUUGCAUUAUUGAUAGCAUGUUCUUUUCAUCUUAUUAGGUCUCUAUGCAGAGCAGUUCAAGCAUGGCUGUUUUCUUCUGCUGGUGAAAGGAUUGUAGCUAGUCUAAGGAAAACCUUGUUCAGCCACCUUAUCCAUCAGGAAAUAGCUUUCUUUGAUGUUGCUUCAAUAGGCGAACUCCUCAACAGGCUAUCUGAGGACACCCAGAUCAUUAAAAAUGCAGCUACAACCAAUCUUUCAGAGGCACUUCGAAAUCUAACGACUUUCAUUAUUGGCAUUGGCUUCAUGUUUUCAACAUCAUGGAAAUUAACGUUGCUAGCAUCGGCGGUAGUGCCAGUUAUUUCAGUUGCUAUACGAAAAUUUGGGCGCUACCUCAAGCAACUUUCGCACACAACACAAGCUGCAGCUGCAUUAGCUGCCUCGGUUGCUGAGGAAUCUUUUGGAGCCAUUCGAACAAUUAGAUCGUUUGCUCAAGAAGGUUAUGCAAUUUCAAAAUACUCUGAAAAGGUUGAUGACACGCUGAAGCUUGGACUCAUACGAGCUAAAGUAGUUGGUCUAUACUUUGGAGGGCUAAACAUUGCAUCCAAAUUGUCUAUUAUCAUAGUGGUGAUCUAUGGAGCCUACUUGACAAUCAUGGGAUUUAUGAGUGCAGGUUCUCUUACAUCCUUCAUCCUUUAUAGUCUCACAGUUGGGUCCUCAGUAUCCUCUUUAUCAGGAUCAUACGUAUCUGCUAUGAAAGCAGCAGGGUCAAGCAGGAGAAUUUUCCAGCUCCUAGAUCGUGUCUCCAGCAUGCCAAAAUCUGGAGAUAAGUGCCCAGUGGGAAAUCCUGAUGGAGAUGUAGAAUUGAAUGAUGUCUGGUUUGCUUAUCCUUCUCGCCCAAGUCAUAUGAUACUUAAGGGAAUAACAUUGAAACUGAAACCUGGUUCAAAAGUUGCCCUUGUUGGACCAAGUGGUGGUGGAAAAACCACCAUAGCAAACUUAAUUGAGAGGUUCUAUGAUCCUCUGAAGGGAAAGAUUUUGUUAAAUGGAGUUCCUUUAGUGGAAAUAUCACAUGAAUAUCUUCACAGAAAGGUUAGUAUAGUUAGGCAGGAACCGGUUCUUUUCAAUUGUUCGAUAGAGGAGAACAUUGCCUAUUGGUUCAAUGGCAAAGCUAGCAGUCCUGAAGUAGAAUCCGUUGCUAAAAUGGCUAAUGCCCAUGAAUUCAUAGAAAAAUUUCCGGAAAAGUAUCAAACGGUAGUUGGGGAACGUGGUUUGAGGCUAUCAGGAGGUCAGAAACAAAGAGUAGCAAUAGCAAGAGCACUAUUAAUGGAUCCAAAAGUGUUGCUUUUGGAUGAAGCAACAAGUGCUCUGGAUGGUGAGAGUGAAUACCUUGUUCAGGAUGCUAUGGAUUCAUUGAUGAUGGGUAGGACUGUUCUUGUCAUAGCACACAGGCUUUCAACUGUCAAAAGCGCAGACAGCAUAGCUGUUAUUUCUGAUGGUCAGAUAGCUGAGAGUGGCACUCAUGAAGAGCUUCUCAGACAGGAUGGUAUCUACACUGCACUUGUCAGGAGGCAACUACAAGGACCAAACACCGAUAUCUAGUUUAAAGUAAAACUAUGUCCGAAUACUAAUACUAAAGUAUGUUUGUAUCUGGGAUAUUCAUCUCAGAAUCUUUAAUGAAACUGGUCGAAAAGACUACUGCUAGACUACUUCUCAGAUUGUUACAAUAGUAAAAUAAAAAUAUA